CCGGUUCAGAGGUCGUGUUGUGAGGAAGAGCUACAAACAAACACUACUUAUCGUCGUUAUAUAAAACUAUUUCAAUCGGUUGUAAUAUUGUAUUGUUGAAAUGUUUAAUGUUCACAAUUUAUAACCGGUCAGUUGCCAAUUUGACGGUCGAAUGAUGUGCUCACCGACACUUUCAGAAGAGCAGCAAAGAGAGUUGGCAAGAAAGCUUACAUAUUUUCUGUCGACAUACAAACACAUCUCCGAUUCCUUCAUAAUUGAAUUCUUCAGUGAGGAUCUAUGGGCUACAUUGCCUACCAGAUGGCAACAGAUCCUCUGUGACCUGUCACCCCCACAAAUAGCUGACCUCCUAUUGGACAGAUUGAAUGUGAAUAGAAGCUACUCUUGUGUAUGGCCUCUUUCACUAUUGGCUUUCCGGGCCACCGCGCAUGCCCUGACAUUCCCCAGGACACCACAGGGCAAGCGGAGACAUGAAGUGGGCAUGCUGAAGCCAGAGGAGUUCUUGGAGAACAAGAGUCAGAGCUCACUGCUGGGACACAUAUUUAGGAAACAUGUGAAACCCAAGAAGCAGCAUGAGAUCCGGAGUCUGGGAACGUUGGUGAAACAGCUUUGUGACCUGACAGACUGCAAUAGUGUGGUGGAUGUGGGUUCUGGACAGGGCCAUUUGACUCGUUUCUUGUCUUUUGGGCUUGGUCUGUCUGUGACUGGAAUUGAGGCUGAUCCCACUCUAGUUUCCAUGGCAUCCAAAUAUGAUGGACAGCUUCUGUGGAUGCUGGAGAAGGAGCGGCAGAGGAAGAAUGGACCUCCGAUCUCUAGAUCUGGCCCCUCACCCUGCCAUGUGGCUGGCUGGGUCAACCCCAAAGCAUCAUGGAAAGACUUCGUCAAGCAGGUAGGAAAUGGUAAAUGUGUCUGUGAGGAUCAGACCGCUCCGGCUGGAUCCAGUAAGAAGAGACAGCGGGAGUCCAUGUCAGAACAUGAUCAGCAACAUGGUCAUGGAGACCAGCCUGUGUUGACUACAGAAUCAGAAUUCCUGGGUUGUUCAGACAAUGGCCAGGCUGCAUCCCCCAAGAAUAAUGACAAUACAUGUACAAACUCUUUUACUAGUGUAAAACAUGAACCCCGGUCUAACUCACUCUUGUUUCCAAAACGUCAAUGCAACACUGAAGCCGGGCAAGGCCCAUAUGUCCACCCACUCUGCCAAGAGAGUUCAUCCACAGAAGUUGUCUGCCCUGUAGAAGAGGGGCAGGAAUGUCCAGAUUUUAUCCUAACGGGCCUCCAUGCCUGCGGGGACCUCAGUGCCACCCUCCUUCGCCACUUUGCCAGCUGCCCUCACGUUCGUGGCAUCACCUCCGUGGCGUGCUGCUACAUGAAGAUCACCACCAGUGAGAACCCCAACCCCCCUGGCCUCAUAGCCCCUCCCCUAUCCCCUUUGCCCACCAGUGAGGCAUCUCACUUAGAGUUUGGCUACCCAAUGAGCUCCUGGGUGCAGGGGUUGCCGGGACACCAGCUGUCCUAUAAGGCGCGGGAGGGGGCGUGUCACGCCAUAGAGGACUACAUGCACAGGCUGCGGGAGGAGAGUGGGUUGCUAAGGAUGCACUGUUAUCGGGCAACCCUAGAGACAGUUAUCAGGGAGGCGAAGCCAGAGCUGCGCAGGCCGGGAGUCCAGGCAAUAAAGAAAGCACAUCUACUACCCUUUACAGAGUAUGCUCGUCUGGGUCUGCCCCGCGUUGGCCUGCCCCCUGACCUGCCCCUGGACACCUGCAGAGUGGAGGCCAUGCUGAGGCAGGAGGGUCGUGUGGUGGUCUACUUCAGCCUGGCUCUGCUACUGGCACCGGUGGUGGAGACACUGGUGCUGCUGGACAGGAUGCUAUACCUGCAGGAGAAAGGUAUAAAGAGUCAGCUGGUGCCACUCUUUGACCCUGCGUUCUCUCCCCGAAACCUGGUACUGAUGGCUUUGAAGCAGCCGACAAGGGACAAAGAGACUGAGUGCACCCUUCCGUAACCAAGGACACCUCUAGAACCGUGUGUUGUGUUCAGAGUUUACACCCUUACUCAUUGGUGCUCAAGGACUUGAGUGUAAGUUUAGAAGUGAGUAGCUGUCUGAAUAUCCAUACUAGCGUACUACAUACUUCAACUGUAUACUAUGUACUCAUUGUCACAAACUAUUUUGCACGUACUGUCUGAAUAGAAUAGUAAUGGAGUUAUAGUUGUCUUGAUGUCCUUUGGGUUGUGAACCAUUCUUGAUACACGUGGGAAACGUGUGUGAAAAACCCAGCAGUGUUACAGUUCUUGACACAAACCUGUGCACUUGGCACCUACUACCAUACCCUGUUCAAAGGCACUUAAAUCUGGUUUUUGUUUCAUUAACAUAUUUAGUCAAACCCAAGUGCAUAUAUAAAUGAAAUCAAAUACCCUAGUACACACACAAACUUUUCAAAUGUUCAAAUCGACAAAAAAAAACGUAGUCAGGUGCAUCGCAAAUUCAAAACUGCUGGACAGCAACAUAACUAAAGCACUGAUAAUUGGGAAUGACAUCGGAACACUGAGAACAGAAAUCCACUUUGGGUAAUAAAAAAUAUAAAAAUUAAAAAGAUGUAGCCUAUGACGCUACACUCAUGAUCACUUUAAAGAGAACAAAAAACUACUUGGCAAACAUUACAUUUGAACACCACCGCAGAAGCGUUGCUAUUCAGCAUCUUCCUAAUUAAGUUGUUUAAUUUUGUUAGGCCCUAGUUCUAAGUAGCCAAUCACUCACAGCCCCCCUCUUCCAAUGUAUUGUGGAAAAAUGUGCAUUGAAUUCAACUAGAUGAGCUGAAAUGUGUAACAUUUAAACCAUACUUGAUAUUUGAAAAUUGCAUACUAUAAAACUUUGUUUUCCCAUACUGAGAAUGCAUCAUGCAAAAUUGCAUUGUUUCAUGUUAUUGGUUAAUUUUGUUAGCACAUCCCCAUAUCUGGUUGUCAAAGCUUAAAUAAGGAUAUCUGGCUAUUUAAAGUAUACUUGAUUUUCAAAAUGUUGCAUACUGUUUUUUGCAUAAUCAAAAUAUUUAGGAUGCAAGUAUGGGUAUUCAGACAUGGCCAGAGUCAAAUUACUAAUUUCAAUGUGGAAAGAAGGGCACGCAACCAUACACAAAGCAAUUGCUUUUUCAUAUUCAUGUCUGGACAAACUUGUGUUAAUGGAAUGUGCCCCUUUUCUUUCAAAUUGUGUAAAUGAAGACUAGUAUUUAGACUUCACCAGAUGAAUCGUUAUUUUCCAAAGCCUGUUUCCAGUAGUCAUUGUUCAUGAAUUUUUUCAGGGAUUGACACAUUAGUCACUGACACUCAAAAUCGACCUGUAGUUUUGAAGGAAGGAUUAGUCCAACGUAUUUCACACAGCAGCCAUACACGAAACCCCUGACCUGUUGCUCAGUGCACGCUCAUUUUAAGCCGGCAAGCUCUAGACGUCUCAACCUUAUCCACAGACCUUGUUUGUUGGUGCUAUUGUUCAAUUUAUUCAACCCGCUAGAGUUACACCAAGUACAUCGUGAUCAGCCACAUUUUAUAAGAACAGUCGCCACAUACCAUUGGUCGUAUCCUACUUGUCCAUGACUCAUGACCACAAAUGUGCCAUAUGGACAGUAUCUUGAUGUACCUCUAUUGAACCAAAAAUAGUUUGAAUUUUACAGUCUGCACCACACAUGCGUUUGUUACAGGGCGUGUUUAACACAUGACUGAAGCAUCCUGACUUGGGCCUCAGACGCCAGUAUUAAGUUCAGACUGCAGUGUUCUGUUGCUGCCAGUCCCACACACUAGAUUUAUAGCAAGCCUUGCAUGUAAUUAAGAUUGGCUGGCUGGCUGCAUUCUAAUCAGUCUGCUGUGGGAGAACUGUUUGUUUUUAGCCAAACAGAAGGAGUUAUGCAUUUCAGUGCAAAUCCUUCACGAUAAUGUUGGGUGCAGUUUGCCAUGUUUAAGCAUAGGUAGCAGACCAGGGGCCAUAUGUAGAGUCUCAGUAAAAGUACUGUUCUAGGAUCAGGUCUAUACUGUCAAUGUAAGCUUAGUCAUUGUGAUCUAAAAGGCAUAACUGAUCCUAAAUCAGCACUCCUGGGAAUUUAUUCAUACCGCCCCAGAUUAUACAUGCAAAAGACAUGUACCGGUAAUGUGCACUCAAGUCUACGAUGAGCCAAGUUUAACAUAUUUAGACAGCAAUCACCUUUAUUGAGCUGAGCAGAAUGUUAACUACUAGUGCAAUGAGAGUGUGAUAGUACACUGAAAGUGGUCAGUUCAUUGCAGGAUUCUCGACAGCAGCAAUCAUUUUACAACAGUCAAAAGAGCCUUUGUUAGAAAUAACCAUUAUGUGAGAAUAUUGAAACCUUUGCGGGUUUCUGUCAAAAAGUAUUUUAAAAAAUGAAAGCAUACAUGUUUGUUUUAUUAACAAGAAAUAAUGAGUAGAACGCAGAGGUCACAGACUGUUUCCAAACUCAUUCAUUCAGGCUCUCUACAAAGAACUCGUUACAGGCCACGGUCAGCGCAGCAACCAAGAUGACAAACUCCUGAAAGUCCACUUCGCCAUCUUUGUUUUCAUCCAGAUCACUCAUGAUCUUCUCUACUACCAUAGGGUCCUUACUUGCCUGAGGGAGAGGAGUAGGAAUGGUUAAUGAAAUGUAGGUCCAGACCAGAAGCAGCCACAUGACUCUUGGAACAGUUGUAGAUAUGAAAUAAUUGGAAUAGACAAUACACAGAAAAUUGCACAAAGCCAAUCAGAUGGAAAGAUCGAUGUCAUGCCAUAUUGUUAUACCCGUGAAAUAAUUUCAGAUUUAAGAAAUGUCUAGGUGAUAAGCGUUGUUUCUAGACAAGGCCAUAGAAUUAUUUAAAUUAUUCUAGUAGAAUAUGUCUUGAAGGUGAUGGGUCCCACAACUGUUCAAUAAAUCAAGACUUCCCCAAUAA